CGGAGACAGCCCUUUCCGGCGUGUAUCCGGUUCCUUUUUCGUUCGGCUCUGAGAAAGGUUCGUGCUGAUAUCCUACACUUUUCGAAUAUCCACGUUGUACUCGUCAAUCAACCAAGAUGGUACAGCGAUUAACCUACCGACGACGUUUGUCGUACAACACAAAGAGCAACAGGAGACGUGUUGUACGUACACCAGGUGGCAAAUUAGUUUAUCAAUAUCUAAAGAAGCCCAAGAAGAUCCCAAGAUGUGGGCAGUGUAAAGACAAACUCAGGGGUAUUCAGCCUGCGAGGCCGAUGGAACGCUCACGUAUGUGCAGGCGGAAAAAGACCGUCAAACGCGUGUAUGGUGGAGUUCUUUGUCACAAAUGUGUAAAGGAAAGGAUUGUGCGAGCAUUCUUAAUCGAGGAACAAAAGAUCGUCGUUAAGGUUAUGAAAGCACAACAGGCCUCAGCAAAAACGAAGAAGGCGGAGAAGUAAUCAUUGUGCUUUUUAUUAAUUAAGGAAAAUAAAUAUAAAACAAGAAAACGA